UCGGACGUUGCGUUACUCCACUUCAAGCAACACUGAAACCACCGCUACAGACCGCUACUUGACAUUGAAAACAGCCUCGCGCAUGUUCUGCUUCCUAUCAGGCUUAUAUACAGAAACUAAGACGGUCAAAUGUUUUACAGACUAGUGCCUUCCGGGAUCGACGUAUUAUUCAUGAUGAAACUAUUUUGAUAUUGCUAGGAGACUCGUAGAGUUGAUUCAUGUUUAUGUUAUCUGGGAGCUUAACUUUGACUUGUAUUCGUCAGAGAGUCAAAGAGUGGAAUGGAUUCCUCGGUGAAAGGACUGAGCUUUUUGCUGGUAUUUUAUACGGGAAUAGUAACAGCGACAAAAUCGGUCGGUCCAAGCCAAACCACAGGAUGGAGUAACUGGAGUAACUGUUCUGUUCCAUGUGGGACAGGGGUGCAAACCAGAAAUAGAUCCUGCGAAGGAUGCAUAGAGACACGAACCUGUAGCAAGGCCCCGUGUUUACAUGAUGCAUCCAUGAUGAUUGGUGUAAUAUUUGGAGUCUCGGCGGUCCUGAUAGUCGUUCUCUUCUUUGUGCUUGUUUGUACCUUCUUCAUCAAGGAAAAAUCUGAGAGAAAGGUCGCCCGCAAAAGCUCGACGGAGUGGAGUACACCUGGUACCUCACGACGUACCCUGGAGAGUAACGUCGAUUUUAAGCUGUCAGUCCUACGCAAAGACCAACGUCAUGAACCUUUGAGAAAUCCCCCUGAGAUUCUGUAACCUGGUAACCGUGGACCCUACGGCUUUACCGGUUCGUCGAGAUCAGCGUCAAGAAUCUUUGAGAAACGCUCUGAUAUUCUGUAAACGUAGAUCUUUUCAGCACUGUAAAUUUCGCAGUCUCUUGUGUUCUCGCACGCUUUUGUUUUUCGCAGUUGACGGUCUUGUUGUAUGUAUUCGAUUCUUAUGACGUCUUGAUUUAUGAGCAGUGCAGAAUUCAGUGUGGAAAUAAACGUAACAGGAAAA